AAAAGAAAAGACAGCAAAUACGGAGUAUAUACUAUACACAGAUUCAUGAGAGCUUAAAUUGUUUAUAUAAAUAGAAUCUCUCUUCUACUGGAUCCUAGCCAAGAAAGGAAAAUGGAAAGUGAUGAAGCAAGGCUACCGGCCAGCUAUGGCGGAUUACAAGUCUCCUUCUCCACCCCCCAUCAUCCCAUCCAUCAUCAUCAUCAUCAUCAUGAUGACAUGGGAUUUGUGCACUUUGAAGAUGACCAUAAUACCCAGCAGGCAGUGAUGAUGAUGAGCUUCUUGACCCCUUCGGCGGCGUCCUCUUCUCAUCAGCCCCUAACCUCCGCCGCCGCUAAGCACGGUGGCGGCUGCAACGACGACGACCCUCUUUUAGGGUUUAGCUGCCCUGCCCAGCCGCCCCACCUUGUUGCUAAUAAUGAUAAUAACACUAAUACUAGACCUUCAUGGAAUAACGAAGACCAGGUUGGAAGCCUGGAUCCGAUGUGUGGAACUGGAAAUGAUGCACACUGCAGUGGAAAUGCAGCCGACGGCAACAAUUCAUCAUGGUGGAGAAGCGGGUCGGGUUCGACAGUGGACAAGGGGAAGGUGAUGAAGUUGAGGAGAAAGUUGAGAGAGCCCAGAUUUUGCUUCCAAACAAGGAGUGAUAUUGAUGUUCUGGAUGAUGGUUACAAAUGGAGGAAAUAUGGCCAGAAAGUUGUCAAGAACAGCCUUCAUCCCAGAAGUUACUACAGGUGCACACACAACAAUUGUCGAGUAAAGAAGAGAGUGGAAAGGCUUUCAGAAGAUUGCAGGAUGGUGAUAACAACAUAUGAAGGCAGGCACAAUCACUCCCCCUGCGAUGAUUCCAACUCUUCUGAAAAUGAUUGUUUCACUUCUUUCUAGUUGGGGUUACCUUUGUUCUUUAAAUUAUUAUAUGUAUAAUAUAUCUAUAUAUAGCAUUGUAUUGCCAUGCCUCAAUUCAAGCUCCCAUCCGUCUGUAAUGAUUGAAUUGAACCUGAAUAGGUCUUUUAAUAUAAUUUUUUUACUGCAUAUAUGUAUUAGUCGUAUAUGCAAUGGAGUGUAUCUUUUGUAUGUAUCCCAAUGUAACAUAUCUAGAGUUUCAUCUCGAUUUUAAGUAAGUUUUUUCACAUUGGUGUUAUAUAAAUAUAUUAUAG